AUGAGUCUAGAAGAAGACUCACGCUGGCUGGAAUGGGUCACCAAGCAGUUUGAGAGCAUUGCAGGAGACGACAAAGAAAUCGACCUGGAUGAGUUUAAAACAGCUCUGAAAGUAAAAGAGUCUUUUUUUGCGGAGAGGUUCUUUGCCUUGUUUGACUCUGAUGGCAGCAGCUCCAUCAGUCUGGAUGAACUUCUCGAGGCUUUAGAUCUUCUGAUCCAUGGCAGUGAGACAGACAAACUACGCUUCCUCUUCCAGGUCUAUGAUGUGGAUGGCAGUGGUUCCAUAGACCCAGAUGAAUUACGUACAGUUCUGAAAUCCUGUCUGCGUGAGAGUGCGAUCUCACUUCCUGAGGAAAAGCUGGAUGACCUGACACUGGCGCUGUUCGAAUCUGCAGAUAAAGAUAACAGCGGCUCUAUCACGUUUGAAGAGCUGAAGGCAGAGCUGGAGAACUUUCCUGAGGUUAUGGAGAACCUUACCAUCAGUGCCGCCAACUGGCUGAAACCUCCCGAUCUGGAGCAGAAGAAAUGCAAGACUCCUCGUUACCUGACGCGGGCGUACUGGCACAACAACAGCCGCAAGCUGCUCUUCCUCUGCCUGUAUGCCCUCCUGAAUGUGCUCCUCUUCAUCAUCGCGAUGCUGAAGAAUGCGCAUGGAGGCCCCUGGUUCAUGGUGGCCAAGGGCUGCGGCCAAUGUCUCAAUCUCAACUGCACUUUGGUUAUGGUGCUGAUGUUGAGGCGCUGUCUGACGUGGCUACGUGCCACCUGGGUGCUGAGGGUCUUACCUUUGGACCAGAACAUUCUACUGCAUCAGAUCGUGGGCUACGCAAUCUUGAUCUUCAGCAUUGUACAUACUGGUGCUCACGUCAUAAACUUUGCCCGAAUGUCUCAGACUGAUGGUAUGUAUCAGCUGUGGGAGUAUCUUUUCACCAUCCGUCCUGGGAUUGGCUGGGUCAAUGGCACCGCCUCCAUCACGGGCGUCAUUCUGCAGGUUCUCAUCUGCUUAAUGGUGGUGUGUUCCAGCACAUUCGUCAGACGCAGUGGUCAUUUUGAGGUGUUCUACUGGUCCCAUCUUUCCUACAUCUGGGUUUGGGCCCUGUUGAUCGUCCACUGUGCGAACUUUUGGAAAUGGUUUGUGGUGCCAGGAGUGGUGUUCCUCAUUGAGAAACUUGUUGGAAUAGCAGUGUCCCGCAUGGGUGGGCUGUACAUAGUUGAAGUCAACAUAUUGCCCUCAAAGGUAACACAUUUGGUAAUCAAGAGGCCUCCAUUCUUUCACUUCAAACCUGGGGAUUAUGUGUAUAUAAACAUUCCUGUUAUCGCCAAGUACGAGUGGCAUCCGUUUACCAUCAGCAGCGCUCCUGAGCAGCAAGGUAAAUUUUUGUGUUAGUGCUAUGUGGACGGACCUUUUGGCACCCCAACCCGACAGAUCUUUGCAUCUGAACAUGCAGUGCUUAUUGGCGCUGGAAUCGGCAUCACUCCUUUUGCAUCCAUUUUGCAGAGUAUUAUGUGCCGUUAUCGCAUGAGAAAGCAAAACUACCCCAACUGCAACUAUUCCUGGUGUGAAACCAUCAAAGACAACGAAAUGAAACUGAGGAAGGUGGACUUCAUUUGGAUCAACCGAGAUCAGAAGUCCUUUGAGUGGUUUGUGAGUCUCUUGACCAAGCUGGAGAUGGACCAGGCAGAUGAAGAGCCAGAGGGCCGUUUUUUGGAGAUGCACAUGUACAUGACAUCAGCCCUCAGUAAGAAUGAUAUGAAGGCCAUAGGUCUGCAGAUGGCUCUGGACCUGCUGGCCAAGAAAGAGAAGAGAGAUUCCAUCACUGGGCUUCGCACACGCACACAGCCAGGCAGACCAGAUUGGGCCAAGGUUUUCCAGAAGGUGUCUGAGGAAAAGAAAGGAAAGGUUCAUGUGUUUUACUGCGGUUCUCCUGCUCUGGCCAAAGUCAUCAAGGCCCAGUGUGAGCAGUUCGGCUUCAACUUCUACAAAGAAAAUUUUUGAAGAAUUUAUAAUAUUUCAUUUGCUUGAAAUCUAACAAA